GCCUACCUACCUAUACCUUUCCUUCGUUCUCUUCAAAUAUAUAAUCAUUCUAGUUUGUUUCUCCAAAGUUUCUUUGGCAUUAUAUCGUUUAUAUUUUGUUUUUUUAAUAAGUUCUACUUUCUGUAUCUUUAUUCGAUAUCUUUGGAAAUAUCCACAGGACGCAAAAGGGAAGAUAUACCUAGGAUUAUCAAUUAUACUUGCAAGAACAAUCAAUAGCAUAUUCAUUGGUUCAGAUCAUCAAAAUCUUCCUCUUUCCAAAUAAGACCCUUGUUGCUGAACUCAAUACGAUCUAUACCGAGUUUAACUUCCUCGUUGAAACGAUCCUUCAACGCCAAACCACUACCGGUCCUGCGAUUUGCGAUUUUGGCGAUAACGAGGCAAACCUCUCCAAUAAACCUUACCCACCUUUAUUAUAUUUUCUUGAACUUUACUUGGAUAUACCUUCAUACCAUAUCUCAAAUAUCACGUACCAUUUAUUAACAUAUAUAUACAUGUAUACAUAUGUAUGUAUAUGAAGGAAGCGGUCGUCGAACUACUAUCGUUCAGCUAAUCGAUGUUCCACUGCCCAUAACCGCCCGAAGUCUCCCCAAUCAUUAUCGAAAUUGAUCGACAACACCCGACAAACCACCUCGCUCUACCCCUCCUCUCCGAAGUCCAUAUGCAAUAUAUGUUUUAUACUUUCAAAAGCGCGUACACCUACUUAGGACGAAUAAACAUGAGUUGAAGAUGUUAAUGAAUGACACAGACCGUGGUCUCGGUAACAUAUUUAGAAGGAAAUACCUUUGCAACUUCCCAAUCGAGUAAUAACACUGUCGACUCUUUUACACGAGAAGAAUUCCCUUCAUUCUAACGGCAAUAUACUUUGACUUUCGAAAUUACCUCCCAAGGAGAUACGGAAACCUCCAAGUGCUGGAACAUUACCGCUACCAAUGAAUGGGUUAUUAGGGAACGCUCCGCAAACCAAUAUGUACGUGCGAGCGUUAUACGACUACGAAGCCGACGACCGAACAAGUCUCAGCUUUCAUGAGGGGGAUAUAAUACAAGUAAUCACACAGCUAGAAAGUGGCUGGUGGGAUGGAGUCAUAAAUGAUGUGAGAGGAUGGUUCCCAAGUAAUUAUUGCCAGGUCGUAUCGGGCCCUGAAGAUGUCCUGGAAGGCAAGCCGAAUGGGGGGGUUGGAAUAGGCAUAGAUGAUGAUAUCAACGACGAUGAAGACGUCGAUGAAGGAUACGAAGAGCAAUACGAUGAUGAUGAGGAAGAAUCAGAACGUGAUGACUUCUCGCAUUUGCCUACAAUUGGAGGGAACAGCAAUGGAAGAUCAGGGGCAGAUUUCUGGGUACCUCAAGCGACCGCCGAUGGCAGAUUAUUCUACUUUAACACGGAGACUGGCGAAAGUAGCAUAGAGCUACCAUUAGAAUCGCCAUCUUCAUCAACAGAGAUUGGCCCUAGAGAUCGGAUGAACAUCAAUAUACCGGAGAAAACGAGGCCGCCGGCAGAAUUGAUGGCGCGAGGAUAUAUAAAUGAAACUGACGAUGAAUCAGAAGGAAAUUCUGCCUCCGAGCUAGAUGGAGAGUCUAUCAUGCUCGCAUCCAAACCCUCCUUUGUAUGUUGCCUGCUCUAGAUGGUUACUUUUGUGCAUGCUAACAACUCCCAGCCCCGGAAGAAGCGCAGAUCUCAAUUAUCUGAAGGGGUUUCUCCAGCUACGUCCAUGGACUCGAUCAAUGGCACAUCUCCUGGUACUCGCUCACGAGCCGAUACGUUCAAUACACCAAAUUUAUCCUUGACCGCAAUGCCAAUAAUGGGCCCGUCUACAACCUCUUUCACGACUCCCGCUCUUGGCCCACCACAUGCUGCUACUCUGCCUCGAUCAUUCUUUGAUGAUGGCUGCGCUGCGCCACUGACAUGGAAUAGACUCGUUGCAAAUAUGAAAAAAGCUGUGGAUUGCUAUCGCGAAGCCAUCAAUAAUCAUAAUCGCUCCGAGUAUGUUCGCCGAGCCGAAGAUAUCUCUGAUCAUCUGCGGUUAUUACUCGCUGCCGGUUCUGGCACCACUGAUAAUCAUUCUGGCCAGCCGUCUAUUAUUUCUACCAACAAAGCUCUAUACCCCCAUUUUCGGGACAUGAUGUCCAAGUUCUCGAAGUUGGUGAUUUCCUCUCACAUUGCCGCUUCUGAUUGGCCUAAUUCAGAAUCAUAUCAAAAAUGCUUGCAGGAAGCGGACGGUGUACUUCUAGGCGUCUUCAGCUACGUCGAGGUCGCCCGCCAGCAGCGAGGCGAGGAUAUACCGCGAUUGCUACCUGGCUUUGUCGUUGGUAGCACUAUUGGUGGUAGUUGGCAAAACAAUGGACUUGGAUCUAGAGACCCGCUAGCGUCUAACUUUCUCGAUGAGGAUGAGAAUGUAGUUGAACCUUCUGCAAUCUUGGAUGCGAACUUGAUGGAGAGACUCGAUGAUUUGAAGAGAAUGUUAACAACUAGCAUCCGAAGAUUGGAGGAGCAUCUCGUACUCACUGACAAAAUCAUUACUCCUUACAGACACGAACUGAUUGGUAACAACGUCUGUUCCGCCGCUCAAAAAGUUCUCGAGAUGUUCAAGCCAUGGGUUUCCACGGUUGAAUCCAUCAACUUGUCUUCUCUCGGCGAUACAUUUCAAAACCCCCAACUUAUUGACUUCGCCAAACAGAAGCAAAGCUUGUAUGAUAAUGUGUCCGACUUAUUGCUUGGAUGUCAGGCCGUAGCUGGCCCUUUGGGAGAUGAGUGGGCGGAAGUCCGCGGGGAGUCACUAGAGGCGCGGUUGAAUUAUGUGCGCGCGUGCUCGAGAUCCUUGGAAACGAACUCAUCUCACAUUGGCUUCUCGCUGCAGCUUUUGGGUGAGCUUGUUCAGACAGCUAUGCAGCAGGUUUUACCUAUCGAAGAGAGAGCAAAGAGUCUAAGGAGGGGUGACAGCGCGCCCUACGAGCGGCUGCAUCAACGUUCAGAUUCACGGAAUCCAUUACUCCGUCCCAACCUAGCAGAAAUCGGGAAGUCUCAAACUUACUCUGAGGGUGAUCCAGUUCUUCCGUUCCGAAAGGAAAACUCCAAAGUCAGGAAAUUCUUUGGUGAAGAACCCACUCGAAGAGAUGCCCCAGACGAGACGCCAGACUGCCUCAAGCUCGACCACGAAGAUGAUAUUUCUUAUGACACUAAAGUGCAGCCUCCUAUCUUGAAGGGUGGUACGCUUGUAGCAUUGGUUGAGCAACUGACACGUCAUGAUAAGCUGAGCUCAGACUUCAACAACACCUUCUUACUAACGUAUCGCUCUUUCACAAAUGCGAGGGAGUUAUUUGAGCAUUUGGUGAAGCGCUUUCAAGUACAACCUCCUGAAGGCAUGCCACCAGGAGAUUAUGAAACUUGGGUGUCCCGAAAACAAAAGCCAAUCAGGUUCCGAGUUGUCAACAUUUUGAAAUCAUGGUUUGAGCUUUUCUGGAUGGAGGACCAAAGUGACGACACCAAAGCCCUAAUAGCCAACGUCUACACAUUUGCCCGUGAUACUGUGAAAGCUACGGAAACACCAGGGUCUGGUUCGUUGAUGACUCUGUUGGAACAACGGUUGCGGGGACAGGAAGCUACAGCCAAACGUUUGGUAUUGACUUUGAACCAUUCCACGCCCCAGCCAAUCAUGCCCAAAAAUAUGAAGAAGCUUAAAUUUUUAGAUAUUGAUGUGACGGAAUUUGCACGUCAACUUACCAUUGUCGAGUCAAGGCUCUAUGGGAAGAUCAAACCCACAGAAUGCUUGAAUAAAACUUGGCAGAAGAAAGUUGGCGAGAACGAUCCUGAGCCUGCACCCAAUGUCAAGGCUUUGAUCUUACAUUCUAAUCAGCUAACAAAUUGGGUUGCCGAGAUGAUUUUGACGCAACUCGAUGUCAAAAAGCGAGUUGUGGUCAUCAAACAUUUUGUUCUUGUUGCUGAUGUAAGUCGUACUUCUUAUGACAUAUCUUCACAUUCCUAACCUGUUAUAGAAAUGCCGUGCUUUGAAUAACUACUCAACUCUCACUUCCAUCAUUUCUGCCCUUGGAACGGCACCAAUUCAUCGAUUAAAGAGAACCUGGGAUCAAGUACCUGCCAAAACUCUGGCAACGUUAGAAUCUAUGCGUCGCCUUAUGGGCAGCACAAAAAAUUUCGGAGAAUAUCGAGAGAGUUUGCAUCUUGCCAAUCCUCCAUGCAUACCCUUUUUUGGUAGGUUCCAAUUGCAUGAUGUACCGUGACGAGCUAAUAUCUACAGGUGUAUAUCUUACUGAUCUUACAUUCAUCGAGGAUGGUAUACCCUCUAUCAUCAAGAAGACUACAUUGAUCAACUUUGCCAAACGAGCGAAGACAGCUGAAGUCAUUCGCGACAUUCAGCAAUAUCAAAAUGUACCGUAUGGCUUGCAACCAGUUCCGGAACUCCAGGAGUAUAUAUUGAGCAAUAUGCAAGCUGCGGGAGAUGUACAUGAGAUGUAUGAGAAGAGUUUAGCAGUCGAGCCACGAGAGCGUGAGGACGAAAAGAUAGUCAGGUACGUUACGGGCUUGUGAAAUUUAGUAAUUGCGGACCUCUGUCGCAACAUAAAAGAGAAGGUAGACUCAUGCUUACACGAACAAUAGGGUAUUGGCCGAAUCAGGCUUUCUAUGAUCGCUUUGCGUUGCGCAUGUAAAAAAGAAUCCAACGCCCACAAUUCGUGUGACUGGAGGGUACUAAACCCUACUUACGAACCACCGAUUACGAGUCACCACGACACACCUGGUCGCAAGACCUCAGUCUGUCAUGAUUUCAUACAAGUGCAUCAAACAAUAGCACGACAAAUAUGUUACUUGCCAGGCUUCGUAUAUACUGACUUAAAUGAUUGAAUAUAUAUUCCGGGCGUACACAGACCGCAGUUGGGGCAGGGUUUUAAAGCACUCAUGGAUACCGUCCGUUUCGGACAAUCUAUGAGGUUUUUAAAAUGCCAAUCUUCAUGACCAGAGUGUCUUCUUCAAGCGAGAAAAAACAAGGAUCAUGGGACACUUUACAAUAAUUUGGUAGCAUGGCAUGGACAUAAUAUCUUUCUUAAUGCUACUAUCUGGGGCAUGCUACUACAGGAUAAUAAAAAUAAGGUGCAGCAGGUAAAUGGAGUUGAAAUCCUAAGGAAGACAUGUAGGCGGUACUUUAUCUAUCUGGUGCGAUUAUUCCGAAACUAAAAUCAAAGACAUCUACUCUCACUGUGUUUGUUUACCUAUGGAAUAGUCGUUGGGAUUAGUAGAGGAUCUCGAUUAAACAAGGGUAUGGAGAACUCAGUGGAGGCUCAAGGGACCGGCAAGUUAACAUUGGAAUGUAACGGCUGGUAUCCCUUUCAAAUUUCUAUUGAGAGGUAAAGGUGGCCUGGCUUCAAGUCCGAUUGGUUCGGCGCUUCAUCAUGGAGUAUGGAAUAAAUCUUGGUCUGAUAUAAAUUACGUCGUUGCAGCGCCCUAUGGACAAGAGUAGGGUGUGCUUGGGAUAAUAGUGUUUCAUCGUCUAGAACAUUUUCAACUAUCUAGUGUAUCAUUUCCAUCGUUCUAGAAUACAAGUUGAAAUACAUGGCCUUACAUAGAUGCAGCUGGAAUUACAUUCGCGCGGCUGAC